AAUGCCAACUGUUAUCGGCUUUACAUCGUCUUCACCUUUUAAAAGUUUUUAAAAUCUUUUCGGAUUGACUCAAGGUCAUCGCUCACAUCGCUUUGUGUAUCUACAAUUUUAGUCGCUCCGAUAACAGCACAAUCAAUUUAAAAAAGUUUUUUCAUUCAUUCAUUCACCUUAGUUCGUGUUGAAUAGAAUACAAAUAAUAAUGGAAACGAUUCCCUUGCUUGAUUUUAAACUAAUUUCGACCAAAAAUGGUAGAGUACCUUCACGCGACGAUUGGAAAUUUGUGGCUGAUGAACUGGACAGAGCAUUGAGUACAAUUGGAUUUGCCUACGUUAUAAAUCAUGACAUCGAUCACGUUAAGAUAUCGGAGGCUUUCGAGACGUCGAAACAUUUUUUUGAAAAACCGAAUGCAGUGAAACGAAAAUACCUCAAGAAUCCAACAAAAGCUCAUCAUGGAUACGUAUGUCCGGGACAAGAAAUACUGCAUCCAGACUCUCGUCAUGAGAUUCGAGAGAGUUACGAUUUUGUAGCGGAUCCUACAUCGUUCAAAGCUUGUGAAAUCGAGAAUUUCGAUUCGGCAAACAUGGAACUGAAAAACGAAUGCAAGCCCGUUAUCAAGAAAAUACUGAAAGUGUUGGGAAUAUCGCUGGGAUUAGACGAUGACGAAUUUUUCGUUAAAAAUUCCAAGAAUAUUGACGAUUACAGCACCGCAUCCUAUUCUACAUUCCGUACCAUAUACUAUCCCCGAAUUAGUGACGAUGACGUUGCACCCAAUACAGUGCGUUGUGGAGAGCACUCCGAUUAUGGCAUUUUAACGAUAUUAUUCCAGGACAAUGUUGGAGGUCUGCAGGUACGAACAGUCGACCGGGAAUGGAUAUCAGCAACACCAAUACCCGGAUCCGUUUUGAUUAAUACCGGGGACUUGUUGGAAUAUUGGUCCAACGGCUACUUUCCUGCUACGAAACACCGCGUUCUGAUACCGGAAAUGGAACUUAAUAGGAAGACAUCCAGACAAUCCAUUGUGUACUUCGUUCAACCGGACAAUUGUGCCAUGGUCACACCACUAGCUACGAAGAACCAUGUCGACAAAACUGUUUAUGGCUCCAUAAACGCUGGUGACUAUACAAAGCAACGAUUAGAUAGUACUUACAAGUACUAAGGACUUAAUUUGUGUGUUUCCAAGCCACAUAAAUGUAAAAACUAUUAACAUACGAAUUUUAUAAUAAAAGUGUAUUUGAUUGAUAAAAAUA